AUGAAUGUGCCCGGAACUCUUGUUUCUUUGUCUUCUGCUCCAACAGCUAUUAGAGCUGCAGCCAACACAUAUUGCCAGCUUCUUCUGUCCCAGAGUGACAAUAAUGUGAAGCUCAUAGUGCUUGACCGCCUAAACGAGAUUAAGUCCUCCCAUAGGGAUAUUAUGGUUGACAUGAUUAUGGACGUCCUGAGGGUAUUAUCUAGCCCAAAUCUUGACAUUCGUAGGAAAACACUUGAUAUUGUUCUGGAACUGAUUACUACCCGCAACGUUAAUGAGAUGGUUCUUACUUUGAAGAAGGAAGUCAUGAAAACUCAAAGUGGGGAGCUUGAGAAGAAUGGGGAGUAUCGUCAAAUGCUCAUCCAAGCCAUUCAUUCUUGUGCUAUAAAGUUCCCCGAAGUGGCAAGCACAGUGGUCCAUUUGUUGAUGGAUUUCUUGGGUGAUAACAAUGUAGCAUCUGCCCUGGACGUUAUCGUUUUUGUUCUUUGCAUAAGAUUGUUGUGUAACACCGGUGAUGCUGUGAGGAAGAUCUGGUUGAAGUCAUGCCGUGAGAGUUUUGUGAAAAUGCUUUCAGAUAAACAGCUACGUGAAACUGAAGAGAUUAAGGCCAAAGCUCAGAUUUCUGAUUCACAGCCUGAUGAUCUUAUUGAUUUCUACCAUUUGAAGAGCAGAAAGGGAAUGACCCAGCUGGAGCUGGAAGAUGAAGUUCAAGAUGAUCUGAAACGUGCUACUGGGGAAUUUGUUAAGGAUGUGGAUGAUGCCAAUAAGCUUAAUCGCAUCAUUCAACUCACAGGAUUUAGUGAUCCAGUCUAUGCUGAAGCUUAUGUAACAGUUCAUCACUAUGAUAUUGUCCUGGAUGUUACAAUUAUUAAUCGAACGAAAGAGACCCUUCAAAACUUGUGUUUGGAGUUGGCGACGAUGGGUGACCUUAAACUCGUUGAGUGUCCGCAGAACUAUACUUUAGCACCAGAGUCGAGCAAACAAAUAAAAUCAAACAUUAAGGUGUCCUCUACUGAGACUAGAGUCAUAUUUGGAAACAUUGUUUAUGAGACAUCAAAUGUGCUCGAGCGGACUGUUGUUGUUCUCAAUGAUAUCCAUAUUGAUAUCAUGGACUACAUUUCUCCUGCUGUUUGUACUGAUACGGCAUUUAGAACCAUGUGGGCAGAAUUUGAAUGGGAAAACAAGGUUGCUGUAAAUACCACAAUUACAAAUGAAAAAGAAUUUCUGGAUCAUAUUAUCAAAUCAACCAAUAUGAAAUGCUUGACUGCAUUAUCUGCUUUAGAAGGUGAAUGUGGAUUCUUGGCUGCAAACUUGUAUGCAAAGAGUGUAUUUGGGGAGGACGCUUUGGUAAAUAUAAGUGUGGAGAAACAGGGUGAUGGAACACUGAAUGGAUAUAUUAGGAUAAGGAGCAAAACUCAGGGAAUUGCUCUCAGCUUAGGUGUAUGUGGUGCCAUUAGAAGCCCUUAUUUGCAGGAGUUCAGUUUGGAGUUCAUAUAUUUUAAUUCUAGUAUAAGGAUGUUCGAAAUUUUUAUCUAUCAUUGA